CCUCUCCCGGGGAUGGUAGGAAGCACGGUCGUCUGUCUGUUUACUUAGCUGUACAGCAUUUUCAUGUACGGUUUUUACAUAUUUAUGCGGCAAAUCAUCUUUAAAGUGGUAUAAAUGUAAGUUAAUAACAUAUUUUAUGUUAACGUGCUUCCUUUAAGUGAAAUGAAGUUGGUAAAACGAGAAAAUAAAAGUAGAAAACGUUGAAUUAUGAUGUCAUCCGUGUUCUUGCUAAGCAGCUGAUUUGUUGACAUCACAGACUACAGCUGAUUUCGUCAGCUGAUGUAAACAUGUGUUAAGCCAGUGGCUGUUUACUCUUGUGUACACUUUAAAGUCUGCACACAAGUAGAUAUAGGUCCUCUCAGGCAUCCACUUCCAAAAGAGACCAGUUUCAUCCACAUUGAAGACUUGCUUCGCAUCAUGUGAGGUAAAGAAAGGAUCAGGCCAGCACUUUUGCUGAAUACACAGCGAACUAUUGCUGGCCCCUCCAACAGUACAUCGAGCCGUUUCAUAUAAGGGUCACCCUCCAAGAAACAGAGAUGGAGGAAAUAAUUGGACCCUUCAUUUUUACUUCAAAUUUUGAAAGUGGAAAUUUGGCUCGAGUGGAAAAAGUUGAUCCUCCAGGCUCUGGUCAUGCCCCAUCAAGUCAGGGAGGUUCUCUCACUGGAGGACGUAAGGCACACAAGUCGUCCACAUCCUCCCAGCCAAUUGUUGAUCCUAUGCCUGUCAAUUAUGAAUUCAACCUGUGGACUCGUCCAGAUUGUGCAGGCACAGAAUAUGAAAAUAACAAUAGAACUUGGUUCUUCUUUGGUAUUAAGGGUGGUGCUGUAGGCAACCGAGUGAGACUGAAUGUGAUGAAUCUGAACAAACAGUCUAAACUCUACUCUCAAGGGAUGCAGCCAGUUAUGCAAUGCAUUUCUAACACCCGUCCUCCGCGGUGGGAACGCAUCAAGGACAGAUGCACUUAUCGGAGUGAGGAGAAUAGCACUGUGAUAACAUGGGUUCACACGGUCAAUGAAGCAUGUGCAGUAACGCACUAUGCAUUCACAUACCCCUUCACAUAUUCAGAACUGCAAACUGUGCUGGAGAGUUUGGACCGCCGAUUUCCUCCAGGGUGUCCAAGUUUAUAUUAUCAUAGAGAGUUGCUUAUUUAUUCAUUAGAUCAUUGGCGUGUGGAUUUGGUGACUGUUAGUUCCCACAAUGAUAGGGUGGAAGAAAGGGAGGAUAGAUUACCAGGACUCUUCCCACUGGCUGAUCAACCUCGUCCUCAUCGUUUCCCGAAUAAAAAGGUGGUAUUUGUGUCUGCCAGAGUUCAUCCUGGGGAGACUUCCUCCAGUUUUGUCCUAAAUGGCUUCUUGAAUUUUAUUGUCUCAAAUGAUCCUCGUGCUGUGAAACUAAGGGAUAUGUUUGUCUUUAAGUUGAUUCCAUUUUUGAAUCCUGAUGGUGUUGUCCGUGGCCAUUAUCGCACUGAUCAACGUGGAGUAAACUUGAAUCGUGUGUAUGUAGACCCCUCACCUACCUUGCAUCCAACUAUAUAUGCUGCCAGGCAAGUGAUCCUCUAUCACCAUCACGGCCAGUUAACUACAACCCCAGUGGAGGAGACACCCUCAAUAUCCACAAAUACUGAUUCUACAGAUCCUGCUACUGUUAAUGCAACAAGUACUUCCAGUGAUGAUUUGGGCGUGUCUGUUACAAAUACUUCCAAGGGACCACCAGUUGUGAUGGAUGAAGAUACCUGCCACAGUUUCAGUGAUGUUCAGUGUGGAAAAGCUGGAGGCUCAGGAAGUGGAAGGGUACGAGGCAUGUCUCUCAUGGAGAUGGAUGAACCUUCAGCUUCAGGAUGGGACAUAUCCAGUAAUGUCUCGGUAGACUGUGGGAUGGCUGGCAGUUCAUUUCACCGAGAUCCACAUACUGUUGAAGUGCAUGAUGAUUGCUCAAAUGUAUCAUGUAUCAGUGAGGCUGAAACAGGUGUUACUUCCAUGUUUGGCUCUAUGGCUGCUUUAAGUGAGUUCAGAGACAUUAUAUCCAUAAAUAAAAAUAGUGAACAAACCAACAAGGCAGUGAAUUCUCCUUGUGUUACACAAAUUAAGAAUGAGGCGAUAGAAUGUGAUGCUUCUUGUAAAUCUAAGGAUUUGUUUUUAAAGGAUUUUAACAAAGAAGAAAGUGAUAAAGGAUGUAGGGACUGUUUUUAUGAUCAAAGAUUAUCAAACAAAACAACAAUUGAGAGAGAUCUUAACAUUUUUGGUAGUGUAAGUGCCAGUAAACAAAAGCCAAAUCUUAGCACUGUUUCUCCAAAUGCAAACAUUGUAUCAGUAACCUCAGUAUCUUCACCAGUGUCUAGUCAACAUCAGUUGAAAGUUGAAACUGCUGAACGAAGUGUUAAUUACAGUUUUUCUCUUGGCAAAAGUGCAAAAAAGGACUCGUUGAAUUUCAAAAGAGAUCUGAGUGCAACAGCUGGUGUACAUUACAAGACUGUAUUAAAAUCAGGAUCACCUCCAACUCCUAGUGGAGUGCAGGGCACAUCUGGAGUAAGAGAAGGAUUUGGUAUUGCCAGUAGUAGUGAAAGUGAGGCGGAAUGUGGUCGUCCUGGAAGAGAAUCUGAAGUGUGCUUGGGAGUCCUGGAAACAUCUCUUCCAUUACCUGCACAAGAGUUUACUCCAGCCCUCAGCCCACCAACACCAAUACCUGAGGAAACUCAGGUCACUUCAGGACUUUUCCUGUAUGUUGAUCUUCAUGGCCAUGCAUCUAAAAAAGGCAUUUUCAUAUAUGGGAAUUGGUAUGAAGAUCCAGCUGUGAUGGUAGAAAACAUGCUCUUCCCUAAAGUCUUGGCCAUCAACUGCCCCAACUUUGACUUUGCUGCGUGUAAUUUCUCUGAAAGAAAUAUGUAUCUGAAGGAUCGUCGUGAUGGCAUGAGUAAAGAAGGUUCCGGACGAGUGGCUAUCAUGCGGGCUACUGGUCUUCUGCGCUCAUACACUCUGGAGUGUAACUAUAACACUGGUCGCAUUUAUAAUCCAACCCCACCAUCUCCACUUGACCAUAGAAAAACUCCACAGAGUCCUCUUUCCUCUCCUCCCAAGUACACUCCAGCAGUGUUUGAAGAUUGUGGACGUCAACUUGGUGUUAGUUUGCUGGAUGUUGUGGGUGGUGGCUGUGGAUGGUCUCGUAUACCUCAGUCACAGUAUGGAAAUUUGGGAGGUGUAAGAACAUGGUUGCACCAUUUUCUUAGCUCCUCAGCCCUCUCUCCUCGCACACAUAUCACAGGUACACACACUCAACGCACACCUGCAUCACGCCCAUCAAAUAAGUUGACAGUGGAGAGGCUAGGUGGUGCCAGGAGUGGUGCUACUGGACCAAGGUUAGGACCGAACAGACAAGGCCCACCAAGCACACCUGCUUCUCCCAGACUUCCACGCAGCCGUAGUCAGCGCGUUCGUCGCCAUUCUUGGUGCCUUACUGUAGAUGCUGAAAACCAGGAGCCCCAGGAAAAUCCUGAGGGAACUACACGAUCCCGACCUGUCAGUGCAAAGAAACCAAUUGCAUCUAGUGGCCUUUCUCCACGUUGUAAGCCAAAGUCACCAAAAAUUAAGACAUCAUCUCCUAAAAAACCAGGAGUGUCUCGCUCUCUAACAUUUACAGAGCUUGGUGAAAGUAGCCAUAUAGGUGGAGAAGCCAAAAUUGCAAGUAGUAAGAUGACCUCUAGCAAGCACAGCCUUACAGCUUCUGUAAGUCUUACACCAAAUUUAAAUGUAAAACUUUCAAUAUCAGACACACCUGAAAGUCCAACAUUAGUAAAGAAAGUGGAAAAAAUUCGACGACAAAGAAGCAAAGGUUUAACUUCUGGUACAAAAAAGUUGAAAAUUUGUGCUAGCUCAAGUUCAAACACAGAGGAAGCAUCACUUAAAAACAAAGACCCAUCUUACUACAGUCUUCCUGGUUUAGAAGUAAAUGAACGUAAAUGUAGCCCUCUGUCUCCUUCUCAGGAAGGAUUUUAUGCUGCAGGUCAGAGUCCGCUAUCACCUCGCUCUCCACUCUCUUCUGUGUGUGAGCCCCAAGCUAGCCACAGCUCUCCUGGACUUGGAAUAAUAACUACUACAGCUUCUUGCGAGCUUUAUGUUCAGCCAAAAUCACCUGCAGUUGUUACUUCAUCAAAAAAAGUGACAAAGGUUUUGUCCUCCCCAAGUAAACGUUCAAGCAAGCACACUUUAAAGUCAUUGUCAAAGAGUAUGGAUCGUUUACCUGCUGUAGCUGGAGCUGCCGGGGAACGUCUCAAACUUUUACCUAAGAAAGUGAAAAAGAAAGUAGCUGCCCGUAGUGUGACAGAUCUACCAGGAACCAUAACAUCACAGCCCAUCAAACCUGCUUCUUCCCAACCAACUCUUGAUUGGAUCAUAAGUGAACCACCUCAAGUUAUAUCUACUGACAUUGAUCCAGUACCUCCGAAAAUUAAGAAACGGAAGAAAAAUAGUCGUAAGUCACUGUAAGUGAUACCUGUGAUUACAUUUUACGUUUUUCUAUAUACAGGAAAAAAUUCAAAGGAUGUGAAAUCUCACAGAUGUUUUAGCACCCAAAAUCUCAGUUACAAUUUACUGUAUGAGGUAAGAUUUCUCUCAUGCAAUUAACCAGGAGUUGACACAGGAUAAACACUGUAAAGGUAUUUAAUGCAAAGACUUUCUGUAGUUAGUUGUUGUAUAGUCCUCUGAUGAAGUUAUUGAUCAUAUCAGUAAAAAAACUAAGAAUUUAAUUUAUUGAUAUUGUCUAAUCUGUUGACAUUAGUUUAAAAUGAGCAGAGGUUUAACCUUAUGGAUUCAUAUUCUAUUUACAAGAAGAGUACAAGCAAAUUAUGUUUUACCCCCUUCAAUGACCAUGUACAGAUGAAAGACCAAAUUAAUCUAACUGUUUAUCACUGGAAAUUAGUAACUCAUAAAGAUGGAAAAAUACAAGUAAUAGACUAUGUGUUUCCUCACUUCACUGUUAACUACUGUAGAAAUAUAUGUAAUGUACUGUACUUUGUUCACUUUCAUCAGUGCUCUUGUUCAAUUGUUUGCUUCUAGCUUGAUACAGCCAUCACUUUGGAAAAUUUUUGUAUGACAUCUCAACUGAAAAAGGUAUAAUAUAUUCUAAUACCUGUGAGACACUAAAAUAAUCCUUAAUCAGUCUACUUAACCUUGCCAAAUCAUCAUCUGUCAUUUGUUUGCCAGUCAAGUAAGGUUAAUUUGGUCCAACGCCUUAAGGGAUAUGUUGCACACAUACUACAGUGAGUUCUGCUAUAACGCGUGUUUUGAUAACGCGAAUUUGCUCUAACGCGAUUUAUGAAUUCGGAACAAUAUUUGUAUAACGCGAACGCUUGUUUGCUAUAACGCGAUUUUUGCUUACU